AAAUCACUAAUUUAAUCUGAAACAAAGUUAAUAAACUUUAGGGAAAUUCUAGACGAGUUCUCCUGAAAUAUCUGAAUCUAUGAGCUCGUUUUAAUUUAGUUAUUCAUUAUUUUUGGUCUUAUGUAAUUGUCGUUCAAUGGUAUCAUAAUAUACUCUAGUUAUGUGUUAAAUGAAGGUUUAACUUGUGUUUUUGUUUACCUGAGUGUGUUGUGCUCUUGUCAAUAAAGAAAAGAAAUCGAUACAGGAAGCUCGCGCUUGAGAGCUAAUCACAUGACUGGUUUCCUGCCAGGCAGUAAAUAUCAGGCGAGCUAGCAUCCACAGGCUAACUGACUACUCCCAGAAUUAGCACAAUUGAAAAUGUUUUCUCUUUCGUUAUUCAAUUUACCCAGUUAACAGCGUCUGUCGGGGUGUGGAGGUUUUAAUCAGCGAUGCACUGGCUGCUUGUGGUAUAAGGCUUUACUCAAUUAAAUCUGUGGUGACUUAGCUUAGCUAGCUUCCCAGGUUAGCUUAACGCUAGCAAGCUGAGUUAGCGUCUGAAGGAGGCUUCGUUGCUUGUGAUUAUGCAAGGGGAAACCACGGCUAUACGAAUCACGGAAAAUGAAGGAAAGCUGGAUGUAUUACCCCAGAACAGGACCCCAAGCUCGGGGAGAGCAAGUGCCAAAAGCUGGCAGUAUAGUGACCACAUGGAGAAUAUCGAUGGCUACUUGAUGAAAUACACCAACCUUGUAACAGGGUGGCAAUACAGGUUCUUCGUCUUAAACAAUGAGGUGGGCUUGCUGGAGUACUUUGUCAAUGAGCAGUCGCGACAACAGAAGCCCCGGGGUAUGCUCCCCCUGGCAGGGGCCGUCAUCUCCCCCAGCGAUGAGGACUCGCAUACCUUCACUGUCAACGCCAUCAGCGGGGAGCAGUACAAGCUCAGGGCCACCGAUGCCAAAGAGAGACAGCACUGGGUGAGCCGUCUGCAGAUCUGCACACAGCACCACACAGAGGCCAUGGGGAAGAGUAACCCCCCGCCCAAGUCCCGGAGCUACUCCAUGGCGUCCCAGGGGAGUGGCAGCUCACCGAUGUCCAUGCGGCGGCCCAGCCAAAACCCUGCGGCGCAUUACAGCUGGCAGGCCAACAAGGGCUCGUCGCUCUACUCCAGCAAGAGGUCCCUGCUGCCAGACCACCUGAUGGAUGCCAGAGAGAUGAUGACCCAGGCGCAGGGCCAGCACAGAGACCUUAUCCAGAGCAUCGAAGGUCUGCCUGCGGCCCCCGGCUUCUCCCCUCUAGACCAGGAUCUGCUGAUGCUCAAGGCCACCUCCAUGGCCACCAUGAACUGCCUCAAUGAGUGCCUACACAUCCUGCACCUGCAGCAGGUGGCCAGACUGAGAGGCUCCCUUGGAGGACCCACCAUCGAGUGGCUGGAGCCCAAGCUGCCAGACAUCCUGAAGAACGGCAGCUCUCUGGACAGCUUCACCGCAGGAGAGGGCCCCCUGGAGGAGGGCCGCUCGGAGCUCAGCAGCCCAGAGUCCGGCAGCUUCUCUGGGGAACAGGAGGACAUCGAUGCAGAGGAUGAAGCGGAGGACUCUCUCACCGAUAAGGAGGAGGACCUGGGCGCUGUGGAGGAGGAGCGCAGCGUCAUCCUACACCUGCUGUCCCAGCUGAAGCUCGGCAUGGACCUCACGCGGGUGGUCCUCCCCACCUUCAUCCUGGAGAAGCGCUCCCUGCUGGAGAUGUACGCUGACUUCAUGUCCCACCCGGACCUCUUUGUGACCAUCACGGACGGCAGCAGCCCGGAGGACCGCAUGGUCCGCUUCGUAGAGUACUACCUCACCUCCUUCCACGAGGGCCGCAAGGGCGCCAUCGCCAAGAAGCCCUACAACCCCAUCAUCGGGGAGACCUUCCACUGCUCCUGGAAGGUCCCCAGGGAGCCCUCGCAGGGGGGCCCCGACCCUGCCGCCUCCCCGGACCCCUACCAAGUGCGCUUUGUGGCUGAGCAGGUGUCCCACCACCCCCCUGUGUCUGGCUUCUACGCUGAAUGCCAGGAGAGGCGGAUGUGUGUGAACACUCAUGUGUGGACAAAGAGCAAGUUCAUGGGGAUGUCCAUCGGUGUGUCCAUGAUAGGGGAAGGUUGUCUUUAUUUGCUCGAGCACGAUGAAGAGUACACCUUCACGCUGCCUUGUGCAUAUGCACGCUCCAUCCUCACUGUUCCCUGGGUGGAGCUGGGCGGCAAAGUCAACAUCAGCUGCGCCAAGUCGGGAUACUCAGCAGUCAUCACUUUCCAGACCAAACCCUUUUACGGUGGCAAACUACACAAGGUAACAGCGGAGGUGAAGCACAACACCACCAAUGCGGUGGUGUGUCGUGUGCAGGGCGAGUGGAACGGGGCUCUGGAGUUCAUCUACACUAGCGGAGAGACGAGGACGGUGGACGUCACCAAGCUGCCCGUUACCAAGAAGAGCGUCCGGCCGGUUGAGAAGCAGGGACCCACUGAAUCCAGGCGUCUGUGGCAGCACGUGACCGAGGCCUUGCGGCUGAAAGAUAUAGAGAAAGCCACGGAGCACAAGAGGAUCCUGGAGGAAAGGCAGAGGACGGAGGAGCGGCACCGGGCUGAGACGGAGACCGCUUGGAGGACCAGAUACUUUGACAGAGAGGGUGAAGGCUGGGUCUACCACAAGCCACUUUGGAAAACCUCUGCAUUCAAAACCUAGUUCCUUCAGUCUGUAUCUUGGAUGUUGAUAUUGUAGAUUAAAGUGUGUGUGUGUGUGUGUGUGUGUGUGUGUGUGUGUGUGUGUGUGUGUGUGUGUGUGUGUGUGUGUGUGUGUGUGUGUGUGUGUGUGUGUGUGUGUGUGUGUGUGUGUGUGUGUGUGUGUGUGUGUGUGUGUGUGUGUGUGUGUGUGUGUGUGUGUGUGUGUGUGUGUGUGUGUGUGUGUGUGUGUGUGUGUGUGUGUGUGUGUGUUGCACUGAUGGACAGAUGAAUGCAACAGAAGGACAGUAAGACAGCAUGAAGCUUCUGGAGUCUCCCUCUGGAGUCUCCCUCUGGAGUCUCCCUCUGGAGUCUCCUCUGGAGUGCUCCCCGGUCAGCUGUUUUUUUAUAAUCCAAUGUCAAUGAAAACAUAUUCUUGUACAGAUAACGGUUCUCUAUCUCCAAGGCCUUAACAUAGUCUGUUUCUGCUGAUCAACAUGGAUACAGUUCUUCUUCUUUCUUCAAGCUUUGGUAUCACACUUAAAAACCUUCCCUGUAAGAAGAUAUCAACACAACAGGAACUAAUUGGAAUACUGCCUGAUAAAUGUAACGCUGUGAAGAGUUGUAGUUUAGUGUACUGGAAUGUAAUGGAACAUCUGAUCUAUCUAAAACCUACUCGUGACUAAAUGAGCAAUCAAACACUUUUAGAUACUAGCUUUGGAGUUUAACAGAUACUGUGACUACCAACCAAUUAAAUCUCUUUAAAGCGCAAAGACGUGUAAAGUUAGCAGAACUGAUUGUGUUCAAACACACCACUCACACUUUUAACCCCAGAACUGUACCCAGAACAGAAACCUCUUUCAGUUAGUUUUUUAAUGUGCACAGUUCAACAAAUAGUCCAGCACUUUUCCUCCAGUCUUUAUGCUAAGCUACGCUACCUGCUAGCUGUAGCUUCAUAUUGAAAGGAGUGGUAUCGAUCUUCUUAUCCACCUCUCUCUAAGAAAGUGAAUCAUGCACGAGUUUAAUGCAAUAUUUGUAAAGCAGGAGUUCCGUCUCUAAGCACUGGGAUGUUUAGGACAUGACGAAGAAUGCAUUUUAACACUGGAUCAGGUACACCAUGGGACGAGUAAACUGAACCUUAUGUGUGAAAUUGGUGGAAUGACCUUUUAUCCAGAGAAUGCUUACCGUGAUAAUGAUUCAAUGUGUUCACACUACAAUUUCCAAAAUGAUUAUUCGAUUUGGUUUGAAAUAGUGUGCAUUUAGAUGUACUUAUUGAAGAGGAUACUUUAAAUGCAAUGUUCUUUGAUGCUGUAAUGAUAUUGGUGUGUUGACUAAGACACUGCUGGAAUGGCACGUCAUACACUAGCUGACAAAUAACCACAUUUUAAAUACUGAUUGAGUCACAUGUGAAUGCAACUAAAUAUUGCCCCCCCGAUGAUUCACGUCUUCUUUAUAGUCCUGUGCUUUUGCAGAGGAUGGAGAUAUCCCUUGAUGCAUGGUGGAAGUCUCUCUGUUCACAUUGACUGCAGCAACUAUAAUACUCGUGUCUGCAUUACCUACAUUUAUAACAGUGUUGAAAAAGCUUUUAACCAAAUUUGCUUUUUUUGUAAUGCAAAUAAAUAUUAUUUUCUUUGAAUGCGAA